GAGCAGCCUGAAGACAAAUACAAACCACACGAUUUCUUUUAGAGUUUGCUUUAAUAUGGACAUUACAGAGGCUUACCCUAAUUUGUCACUAGCUUAGCCUAUCUUGCAGGGGGGAAAUAAUUUUUUGAUUGUAUAAUUCAGGCAAGGUAAAGUUGAUCCUGAAUUUGCAUUGGUAGGCUGUUGAUGUGUCAUGGUGUGAGCUGCGAUCAUGGGGAUAUCACGCAUCAUCCUUGCACUGUAACACAGUCACUGUUUCAUUAAUAAGGGCAUGACAAAAUAGUAUGCAGUACUGAUGUGUCGUUCAUGAAUGAUUCGUUCAUUUGGAAUGGAUCUUUACUAUGGCUCGGGAACAACGUGUUGUCUCAAGAGUGAUUCGUUUCCGGAGAGAGGGAUUAAUUUUAAUUAUAUUCUGUUGAAAUGAACUAAAUAACUUGGGGGAAAAAAAAGGAUAAGUUCAUUUUGCUGAAGGAGAUUCAAAGAUCCGAGUCAGUAAAAUGAUCCGAACUUCCCAUCACUAGUACGCAAGCUUUAGGAGACGCGUGAUUAAAUUCCUGGAAUUUCUUUUGCUUUUUAUUAUUGUAAAAGUAUUAGUGUUAAAAGAUAGCUAAAAUUACACAUUAGAGCGUAAACGUUUGUUUGUAUUUCUCGGCUACUUUGGUAGAGUACGUUAGAUUAUAGGGCGUAGUAUAGGGUAGAGGAGAGUAGAGCGCGCGGCUGUGAUUUAUGUCCUGACGCCUGAGCGGAAGUGGCUCUGAUUGGUCGCUUAAUGGACGUGGUGGGCGGGGCAAGCACUUGGGGCGUCGGCCUCAGUGGGACAGCGGCUCGCUUCGGGUCCAGGCGGCAGUCGCUCCUAUACACCUCCGUCAGCCGGCUUAAUGGCUCAUUACACUCCGGGGCCGUGUGUGCUUUCCACUGAGAUGGACUUUCUCCAGGCUUACGAGGGCGUACUCGAGAAAUAUAAAGAUGAACGAGACAGAGUGCAGAAAAAGACGUUUACGAAAUGGGUCAACCAGCAUCUCCUCAAGGUACGAAAGCACGUUAACGACCUAUACGAGGAUUUGCGAGAUGGACAUAACCUGAUCUCAUUGUUGGAGGUCCUGUCUGGUGACAAAUUGCCUCGGGAAAAAGGCCGGAUGCGCUUCCACAGACUGCAGAACGUACAGAUAGCACUGGACUACUUAAAAAGACGGCAGGUGAAACUGGUGAACAUCAGAAACGACGACAUCACAGACGGCAACCCAAAGCUGACACUGGGGCUAAUAUGGACCAUAAUUCUGCACUUUCAGAUUUCGGAAAUCCACGUUACCGGAGAGUCCGAGGACAUGACGGCAAAGGAGAGGCUUCUGCUCUGGUCCCAGCAGAUGACCGAGGGCUACGUAGGGGUCCGCUGUGACAACUUCACUACUUCUUGGAAAGACGGAAGGUUGUUCAAUGCGAUCAUUCACAAGUACAGGCCUGACCUGGUGGAUAUGAGCAAAGUAUCAACACAGUGUAGCAGAUCAAACCUGGAGCAUGCGUUCUCUGUGGCUGAGCAGCUGGGUGUGGCUCGGCUGCUGGAUCCGGAGGAUGUGGAUGUCACAUCUCCGGAUGAGAAGUCAGUCAUUACCUACGUAUCAACGUUAUAUGACGUCUUUCCUAAAGUACCGGAGGGUGUUGAGGGCAUCGGUGCAAACGAGGUCGAUGUCAAAUGGGUGGAAUACCAGAAUAUGAUCAAUUACCUCAGCCAAUGGAUCAAACAUCAUGUGUCCGUCAUGUCCGACAGAAACUUUCCCAGUAACCCUGUGGAACUUAAGGCACUUUAUUUGCAAUACCUGCACUUCAAGGAGAGUGAAAUCCCACCAAAGGAGAACGAAAAGACCAAAAUCAAGCAUCUUUAUAAAAUGUUAGAGGUGUGGAUUGAGUUUGGUCGCAUUCAUUUGCCGGAGGGUUACCACCCUAACGAUGUGGAGAAGGAAUGGGGCAAGCUGAUCGUGGCCAUGCUUGAGAGAGAAAAGAGCCUAAGGCCUGAGGUCGACAGACUUGAAAUGCUGCAGCAAAUCUCAGACAGAGUUAAGAGAGACUGUGUGGCUGGAGAAGACAAACUAGCCUUAGCACGGGCAUCUCUGCAAUCGGACAUAAAAAGGUUAGAGUCUGGGAUCCAGUUGCAGAAUGAGCCUGAAAUUGCAGGACACCUGCUGGAAUGUGAAACAUUGUUGAGGCAGCAAGUGGUCGACAUCCAGAUUUUGCUGGAUGGGAAGUUCUACUUGGCAGAUCAGCUUGUUCAAAGGGUAUCCAAGCUUCGUGAUGACCUGCUGACCCUCAGAUCGGAAUGCUCCUCGGUGUACAGCAAGGAACGCAGUCUGAGCACGGAACAGACCAAGAUGAUGAUCUCCGGCAUCACACAGAGUUUGAACUCCGGCUUCUCUCAGAACCUGAAUAUGGGUCUAAGUCCUGUGCUCACAUCAGGCUCUGCCCUCUCCUCCAGCUUUUCCCCUGCCAUGACGCCGGCACUGACCCCAGCCAUGACCCCAGGAUCGACCCCGUCUCUGAUACCUGGCUUGCAGUCUACCCUGAGAGUCGGAGGUUCCAUGGAGCCAGGGAUUCUCCAGCACAUGAAACACAUGCAAAUCCGCAAGCCAAUGCACAAAGCUUCUUUAGUUGACCCCAGCUUGUCUGAGGAAGACGUCAACAUGAAGUUUGUCCAGGACUUGCUUAACUGGGUGGAAGAGAUGCAGGUACAACUCGAUCAAGGCGAAUGGGGAUCUGAUCUUCCGACUGUUGAGUCUCAUUUAGAAAAUCACAGAAAUGUUCACAAAGCCAUCGAAGACUUCCACAUGAGCGUUAAGGAAGCGAAAAUGAGCGAGAUUCAGAUGACGCACCCGUUGAAACGGAGUUACUCGGACAAGCUGGACCUUUUAGAAAGCCAGUACGGGAGGCUAAUUAGCUCUAGUAAAGAGAGGCAGAAGCACCUGGACAGCCUGCGUAGCUUUGUGUCGCAUGCCACCCGAGAGUUAAUUUGGCUUAACGAGAAAGAGGAAGAGGAGGUAGCCUUUGAUUGGAGUGAGCGCAAUAGCAUUAUCUCCAGGAAGAAGGACUACCAUGCUGAACUGAUGAGAGAGCUGGAUGAGAAGGAGGGGGUGAUCAAGUCUGUGCAGGACCAAGCUGACAUCCUUUUACAACAGAACCAUCCAGCUAGGCUUACUAUUGAGGCAUAUAAGGCUGCCAUGCAAACACAAUGGAGCUGGAUCCUUCAGCUCUGCUACUGUGUGGAGCAGCACCUGAAAGAAAAUAUGACUUACUUUGAGUUUUUCAAUGCUGCCAGAGAGUCUAUGGACUACCUUAAAAGCCUUCAGGAUUCAAUUACAAGGAAGUAUGGGUGUGACCGUACUAGCAGUCUGCAUAGACUGGAGGAUCUCAUUCAGGAGUCUAUGGAUGAAAAAGAGCAGCUUCUUCAGUACCGCAGCACUGUGGCUGGAUUGGUAGGACAGGCCAAGUCUGUUGUUCAACUUAAGCCCCGCAACCCAGAGAACCCUGUCCGAACUUCCCUACCCGUCAAGGCCAUCUGUGAAUACCGUCAGAUCGAGAUUACUAUCUACAAAGAUGAUGAGUGUGUGCUGGCCAGUAACUCUCACCGAGCUAAAUGGAAGGUGAUCAGCCCUUCAGGGAAUGAGGCCAUGGUGCCUUCUGUCUGCUUUACUGUGCCUCCACCCAAUAAGGAGGCAGCAGAGAUGGCCAGCAGGAUCGAGCAGCUGUACCAGAAAGUUCUCGCACUGUGGCACAGCUCUCACGUGAACAUGAAGAGCGUGGUGUCCUGGCACUACCUGAUGACGGAUAUCCGCAACAUCCGCAAAAGCACCGUCGCCUCUAUUAAGACUAUGUUACCUGGCGAGCACCAGCAGGUCCUGAGCAGCUUGCAGUCCCACUUUGAGGAGUUCCUGGAGGACAGUGAGGAAUCGGAGGUGUUCACAGUGGCAGACUGCACUCAGCUAGAGAGAGAGGUGCUGGCUUCAAAAGAAUACUAUGAGGAAUUGCUCAAGUCUGCAGAGCGAGAGGAACACGAGGAAUCAGUGUACAACCUCUUCAUAUCUGAGGUGCGUAACUUUCGCAUGCGCGUGGAAGCCCACGAGGAGCAACUGAUUCGGCAGAUCCGCUCCCCUCUAGAGCGAGAUGACCCGAAGGCCAUUAUGCAGCGCGUCAUUGAUCAGGAGAGGAAGAAGGCAGAGUUAGACCGGUUGAACGAGGAUCUCGAGGUGCUAAAGGAGAAGUGCGAGACGUUCCUCAGGCAGGCUGCUAACUCUCCUUCGGUGCCCACGCUGUCCUCUGAGCUCAACGUGCUCACUCAGAGCAUGGCUCAGGUCUACUCCAUGUGCUCCAUUUACCUGGAAAAGCUGAAGACCGUGAGUUUGGCGGUGAAACACAGCCAGGGUGCUGAGGCUUUGGUCAAGCUGUAUGAGGGCAAACUGUGCGACGAAGAUGCGGUCAAUGGUGACAUCAGGUCUAUCGACGCCGUUAUGAGCACUCUCAAGCAAUGGAGAUCGGAGAUAGAUGACCGAAGAGAUGUCUUCCAUGACCUGGAGGAUGAACUGCAGAAAGCUAGAGCCAUCAGUGACCGUAUGUUCAAAACCCAUAACGAGAGGGACUUUGACCUUGACUGGCACAAGGAGAAAGCUGAGCAGCUUGGAGAGAGAUGGCGGAAUGUCCACUCUCAAAUUGAAAACAGGCUUCGAGACCUGGAAGGCGUCAGCAAGUCUCUGAAAUACUACAAGGAUGCGUACAGUAGCCUCGAUGAGUGGAGCAAAGAGAUGGAGGCCAAUCAGCUGAAAACCCAAGAGAACCAGCCAGAGGACAGCAAAGCUCUGGCUGAGUUACUAAACCAACAAAAGGUGCUGGUUGCGGAAAUUGAACGUAAGCAGAGUAAGAUUGAUGAAUGUCAGAAGUACUCGGAGCAGUACUCAGCUGGACUGAAAGAUUAUGAGCUUCAGUUGAUGACCUACAGGGCUAUGGUGGACUCUCAGCACAAGUCCCCAGUGAAGAGGAGGAGGAUGCAGAGCUCAUCCGAUACCAUUCAGCAGGAGUUUAUGGACCUCCGCACUCGCUACACAGCACUGGUCACUCUUAUGACGCAGUAUGUGAAGUUUGCAAGUGAAACUCUGAAAAGGGCAGAAGAAGACGAGAGGAAGACAUGUAUGGACAAAGCUGAAUAUAGGAGCUGUAUGGAUGGUAUGGAGCUGCAGAAAGUGGCAGGUGAAGAGGAGAUCUGCAGGCUCAAGCGGCAGAAAUCUGUUGAAGAGGAGAGAAAAGAGCACAGUGAUAAAGUUAGCAAGUUAUUAAACUGGAUGUCUGAUGUGAAAUCGAACGUGAACAAAAACGAAAAGGCUGUAGGUGAUGGCAAAGGCAGCACAGAGAGCUCUAAUAAGCUUCAGAUUCCUACGGAAGAAGUUUUGUCAAAGAAAGAACAAAUAACAGAAGCAUUAAGAAAUACACAGCAGAUACUGACCAAGCACAGUGACAAGAUGUCUGAAGAGGAAAAGUGUGAAGCAAAAGAACAGCUAAAACUCCUCAACCAGGCCUACGAUGAGCUCUCUCAGAUGAGUGCGCACCAGACACCCUCUGCUGAACAGGAGUUUGAAGUCAUCGAAGGCGUUCUCGAUGUGGGAAAAGGAGCAGUGCUGUCUGUAUGUCGCGCAGUGCAGAAUGGUCUCAUUGACCACUGCACUGGGCUCAGUCUUCUUGAGGCCCAGCUCAUAACAUGUGAACUCAUCUUACCCGAAUUCCACAUGUGCCUAGACUUGGAGGAUGCAUUCAAGCACAAGCUCGUGGAUGAGCCCAUGUAUAAGCAACUGCAAGACUUGAACGAAGCCAAUAAAUGCAUCCAAAGUCCACGUUAUUCUUCUGAACCCUUGCCGAUGGUAGCUGCAGCGAAGGAUGGGGCGAUUUCUGAACGUCUAGCUGUAAAGGUCAUUGAGAUCCAGCUAGCCACUGGUGGCUUAAGAGUGACAUACACUGGAGAUAGUUUAAGUCUCGAGAGGGCAUUUGAAAUUGGCUUAAUUCCCCAGUCUCUCUAUAUUCAGAUAUUACAAAGACAGAAUACCUGGAAGGAUUUGAUCGAUCCUAACACAGCUGAAAAAGUUUCUCUUAUUCAGCUUGUGCAGAGGAGCAUUGUGCAUGAGGAGACAGGGCUACGUGUGCUGGCGGUGAAAUCUGGCAUAGCGUUUACAUCUGGGAGAGAGGUCAGCAUUCUGGGAGCGAUGCACGAGGGUCUGAUAGAUCGCGAGACCAUGCUCCGGCUGCUGAGUGCGCAGCUCUUUGCAGGAGGCAUAGUCGAUCCUAGAACAAACUGUAAGCUUACAGUAGAAGAGGCCGUAGCUGAGGGUCUUAUCGAUCAGGACACUGCCAGUGGAAUUCUGAGCCACCAAGCCCAAAAUGGUGGCAUUGUAAACCCUAAAAACGGUGCUAGACUGACAGUCGAUGAAGCUGUCCAGUGUGAUUUAAUGAGUUCCAGAAGUGCUCUGUUAGUUCUGGAAAGGCAGAAAUGUUUCAUGGGCCUCCUAUGGCCUCACUCUGGUGAAAUCCUCACUGUCUCGAGGUCCACACAGCAUGAAAUCAUCACUGAGAAACUGGCGCAUGAUCUUCUGUGUAACCGACAUAAAAUAACGGCAUUUUACAUACCAGAGAACUCUGAGGUAGUUGAUAUUGACUCUGCUGCACAGAGUGGUUUGAUCAACGCUUGCACAGUAGACUUUUUAAAAACGAUAGAGAUACCAGAUUCGUUCCCUGAUGUAGAAGAUCUCAAUGACAGAUUUUCAUCAUGGCUAGUAAUGCGUGAGCUUCAAAUUGAGGGCUCGGAAAGAUCCAGAGAAGGAUUGGAAGCUAAUGAAAAGAGUACGAACGCCCCAUCUUCCUUGGAAGCCAAACAACUUUUUGUUUCAUUUUUAAUGAUGAACAGCUACAUGGACCCCAAAUCAGGACAGAGGCUGUUAGUUUUUGAUAGGCAGUUAAAUAAAAUGGCUAAAGUACUGCUAGAAAUGUCAGAAACUGACACACAUGCUAAAAUCCAUGAGUCCUCGCUAGACGAGGAUUUUCCAGAUGAUGCACACAUCACACACACUGGUGAAUUGGCAGUUUUGCAUAUUGAAGAGCCAAGAAUAGCAGAAGAGACUAUUUCAGAGGUCUCUACUGAGGGUGAUCAUUGUAUAAAAACGUCAGCUAUUGAAUCUGACAGUCUUACGUCAGGGUCAGGUGAAUUAUUUAAUACAUCACUGGAAAGUGCUCCAUAUAAAGCUUCAGCAUCUGCGGUUAAAAUAAAUGAAAGUUCAGUUGAGGAUACGUUUACAGACGCAUGCACGAAGCACCACACGAAUGAGAUGCAUAAUUCCUCAGUUCAACUUUCUAUAGGAACGCAUAUUUCACAGCAAUUAAAUCCCGAAAUUGGGAGUCAAACACAUUUGCUUUCAGAUGGAGAAAAGAAUGCGCCUUUGAGUGACAGAGAAAAUUCAGUCCAAGCAAAAGAUAAAGACCCCACACAGUGCUCUUGUGAAGGUGUGUAUGAUAACAAGCUCGAAAGAGAUCACGUGUUAUACCUUCUGAGAGACCAAGUUAAAGAGGGGGGCAUUUUAGACGCCACCUCUGGAAAGCGAUACAACCUUAAUGAUGCUUUUGAUAAGGGCUUCAUUGAUGAAGAGACCAUGUUAGAGGUGCUUGCACUCCAGCUUGGAAUGCACAGUGUCAUCAGAAAUAAAACCGCGAUCAUGUCAGUACUGAAACAAGCUGUGUCACAAAGCUACAUAUCGUCUCGCAUAGCUUUACAGAUCCUGCAGCAGCAAGAUUUACUUAGUGGUCUCUACGACUCAUCUGGAAAGAGCAUCAGUGCUAGGGAGGCUUGGGAGAUGGGUUUGAUUACUGAUGAUAUUGGCAGCUUUGUCCUUGAUUCAGAAGUAGCCCAGAAGGCCACCACUGAUCCUGAUGGAACGUGUGUUUGCAGUUUGUCUAAUGCAAAGAUGGUUCGUGAUAUCGAAGCAGAUGGUGAUGAGAUCCCUGCUGUGGACUUCAGUGAAAAAUGUCCAAGUACUGAAAAUGCAGUGAAUAGGUCAGAAGUAGUCACUCGUCUAUCAACAACCUCAAAAGAAAUGACCGGUAGUUUCGACUCGUCGUUUAUCUUAAAUACGGUUAGUAAUGAGGAGAUCAUUGCUGAGGAGGUUGGCGGAAUCUGUCCAAGUACUGAAAAUCUAUUAGCAACUUCAGCAGAAAUGACCGGUGAAUUAGACUCACCGUUAAAGACACCAAGUGAUGAUGAGAUCACUGAUCAGGAGAAAGACAGAAAAUGUACUGAAAAUGCAGGAAACAUAACAGAAGAAUUAAGAAAUUCAAAUCAAAUGAGUAGUAGUUUGGACUCAUCGUUCAUCUUAAAUACAGUUAUUUAUGAGGACAUCACUGCUGAAGAGGUUGCUGAAAAUUCUCCAAGUACUGAAAAUGCAUUGAAAAGGCCAGAUGAAGUCACCAAUCUGUUAGCAACUUCAACUGAACUCACCAAUACUGUGGACUCAUCAUCCACCUUAAAGAUAUUUAGCGAUGAGGAGAUAGUUGCUAAGGAGUAUGGUGAAAAAUGUCCAAGUACUGAGUACGGGUUAAUGAGAACAGCUGAAAGCAACGCUGUAUUAACAAAUUUAACACAAUUCACUAGUCAGCAUCCAUCAGUAUUGAACUUGAAGACAGUUACUAGUGAAGAAGAGUUUGAUGAAAAGUGUCUGAACGCUGAAAAUGAGGUGAAGCAAACAGAGAAAGAUUCUAAUCUCUUAGCAACACAAUCAACACAACUGACGAAUUGCUUGGACACAUCAUUUAGCUUAGAGACAGAAAGUGAAAAGGGCUUCACUGAUUUUAGUGAUAAAGGUCUAAAUACUGAAAUUGAGAUGAAAACGCUGGAAGAAGACAACCAUCUGUCAGCAUCCUCAGCAGAAAUUAACACUAGGUUGGAAACACCAUUUACCUUUAAGGAAGUUAUUGAUGAGGAGCUCUUUCAUGAGGAACUUGGAGAAAAAUGUCCACGUACUGAAAAUGCAACAACAAGACCAGAAGACGCUCAUCUGUCAACAAAUUCAAAACAAAUUACCAGUGGUUUAGACUCACUCUCCCUGUUAAAGCCAGAUAGUGAUGCAGAGAUCACUGCUCUGGAGAAGGAGAGUUAUGAGAUCCCUGCUGUGGACUUCAUUGAAAAAUGUCCAAGUAUAGACAGUAUAAUAAAUGGAACAGAAGUCGUCACUCAUCUGUCAGCAAAUUCAAAACAAAUAAUCAGUAGUUUGGACUCUCUGUUUACCUUAAAUACAGUUAAUGAUGAGAUCACUACUGAAAAUUUUAGUGAAAAAUCUUCAAGUACUGAAAAUAGAAUAAGACCAGACGUUAUUGAUCUAUCAAUAGCGUCAACACUAUUGACCAGUACUUUGGACUCGUCAUUCCCCUUAAAGACAUAUGCUGACAAGAUCAAUGGUGAAAAAAGUACUGAAAAUAAAGUAAAUGAUGUAACUGCUGAGGGGAUUGGUACUGAAAUUGAAACGAAAAGAACGGAGCAAAACAUUCCUCUAUUAACGAACUCUGCACAAAUGAGCAGUAGUCUGAACUCAACAUUAUUGUUACCGCCAGUAGGUGAUGAAAUUACUGGUGAAACAUGUCCAGGUACUGAAAGUAGUUUGAACUCAUCAUUCACCUUAAAGAUCACAAAUGAAGAGUUUGCUGAAAAAUGUCCAAGUGCUGAAAAGACUAUGAAAAGCACAAAUGAAGUCUCGCAAGUAUUAACAACUUCAGCACAAAUAGUCAGUAGUCUGGACUCAUUUUUCACCUUAAAUACAGUUAAUGAUGAUCAAAUCACUGCUCAGAAACUUGGUAAAAAAUGUCAAAGUACUGAAAAUGAUCUGAAUACAUCAGGGGAUGCCACCAACACAAAACAGGAUAUAUAUAGUUUGGACUCAUCAUUCACCCUAAAGACUGCUGUGAUCCCUGUUGAAAAAUGUCCAGCUACUGAAAAUGCAGUGAAGAGAACAGAGGAUGCCACUCCUCUAUUGAGUAGUAGUUUGGAGUCCCCAUUCACCUUAAAGACAGCUAAUGAGAUCACUGAUGACACAUUUGGUGAAAAACGUCCAAGUACUGAAAAUUCAUUGAAGUCAACUGUAGACCGGACUUCUCUAUCCACAGACUUAACACAAUUGACCACCAGUCUGAAUGAUGAAUCCUUCACCCUAAUGACCGAUAAUAAUGAGAUCUGUCCUGAGGACCUAAGUAAAAAAGGUCCAAGUACUGAAAAUGCAGUGAACAGAACAGAGGAAGCCACCAGUUUAUCAAUAAACACAACACAGGCGAUACAUAGUUUGGACUCAUCAUUCACCCUGAAAACAGAUAGUACUGAAAUCCAUGCUGAAAACUGUCCAAAUACUGAAAAUGCAGUGAACAGAACAGAGGAAGCCACUCCUCGAUUAACACACAUGAUCAGUAGUUUAGACUCCUCAUUCACCUUAAAUGCAGAGGAGGUCACUGAUGAUAUGUUUGGUGAAAAAUGUCCAAGUGAAAAUGCAGUGAGGACAUCAGAUGAAGCUUCUUUAUCAACACGCUUAACACAAAUGACCAGCAGUUUGGAUUCAUCAUUCACCUUCAUGACAGAUAGUGAUGAGAUCCCUGCUGAGGACCUAAGUGAAAAAAGUUCAAGUACUGAAAAUGCAGUGAAUAGAACAGAGGAAGCCAGUCCUCUUUUAAUGACUUCGGCACAAAUGGUCAGUAGUUUGGACUCCUCGAUAGUGACCUUAAAGCCAGUUAGUGAGGAGCUCACUGAUCGGUUUGGCAAGAAAUGUCCAAAUACUGAAAAUGCAGUGAGGACAUCAGAUGAAGCUUCUUUAUCAACAGACUUGACACAAAUUAUCAGCAGUUUGGAUUCAUCAUUCACCUUCAUGGCAGAUAGUGAUGAAAUCCUUUCUGAGGAUUUUAGUCAAAAAUAUCCAAAUACUGGAAAUGGAGCGAACAGAACAGAGGAAGUCAGUCCUCUAUUAACACCUUCAACAAGAAUAAUCAGUAGUUUGGACUCCUCGUUCAUCUUAAAGACAGUUCGUGAGGAGACCACUGAUGAUGCAUUUGGCGAAAAAUGUCCUAGUACUGAAAAUAUAUUGAACGGGCCAGAAAAAGACACUCCUAUAAGCAGCUCGAUACAAAUGGCCAGUUGUUUAGACUCAUCAUUCAGCUUAAAGAGAGUUAGCGAGGAGAUCACUGACAAAUUGUUGUAUGACAAAUGUUCAAGUACUGAAAGUGAAGUGAAAAGAACAAAGGAAACCAAUUGUCUAUCCGGAAAUACGGAAAAUGUAGUGAACAGGACGGAGGAAGCCACUCAUCUAUUACACGACUCAACCCAAAUGAUCAGUAGUUUGUACUCAAAUCCAGUUAGUGAGGCCAUCGCUGAUAAGGACCUGGGUGAAAAAUGUCCAUGUACUGAAAAUUUUGGGGAAAGAACAGAGGUCACCACUCAUGUAUUAACAGACACAACACAAAUCACUAAUCUGAACACUACAUUGCUUUUAAAGACAGUUAGUGAUAUUUCUUCAGCUAUUGGAUUUGAUUCAGAAAAACAGAAUGAGGUUGAGCAAAUUAUCCAUACCCAUAGUUUAGAGCAUCUUGAUAAUUCAGAUUGUUUGGAUACCAAAUACAGUGGAGAUAGAAAUCGUAUAGAGUUGGGGAAUGUUCCAGAAAAAGAGAAUGAUCUUAAUGAAGGAAUUUCUUUUAAUAUUGCCUUUAAUGCAUUAUGUCAAGCUCCUUUAACCAGAUUUAGGGAUAUGACUUUUAAUGAAGCAGCGGUAAAUCAGAGGAGAAGUUCUGUUCAGAGUGACUCUGGCAUUUCCUCUUCAUUGCAAAGCGAUAUUUAUUCUGAUGAAAGGAAAUCAGAGAACUUGGGGAAAUUACACAAAGAUCACAGUGCUUUCAUUGAGCCACAGCAAACAGCAAGUACAUCCCCCAACGAGAGAGGUUCAGAGAGCUUAAGUACAAUAGAAGAUAUAAAAACACUAACAGAUAAUGAACCGUCUUUGUCCUCUUCCGCAUUGUUUAAUUUAUCAGACAUGGGAACUGCAGGGAAAACAAAUGUGAGUCCUGAAUCAAGUGAAAACAUGCAAGAUCAGGAAGACAAUGUAGUUUCUCAUUCAAUAGAUUUUGUUCAGACAAAUCUGAACGAGAAAGAUCUGAAUCAGUGUACUAAUAGCGUGAUUGUGGAAGGACCUGAGCAUGAGUGCAAGUCAGGUACAGUUAAUGACCAUGCAGCAUUUAAAGCAGUAGAGACCCAAUCCAGUCUUGCUGACAGUAAGACAAUCAGUGAUUAUGACUCAGUCAGUAUCAACACCUCAGAGUCUAUGGAUAUUUCACAGCUUUGCUCAAAGUUCCUGCCUGACAUAGCUCUCGGUGAUGAUUCAAACAAUAAGCAACGCUUAGCCGAGCAAGGUGGAGUACCUGACGCAGCAAUCGACGCCAGCUUGCCUAACUCAGGCUUUGUCAUAUCCGAGAAAAACAGAUAUGAUACAGAAGCCUUACAGUACAAAACUGCCAUCACUCCAGCGCACAUUGUGGGAGAACAAUCUUCAAAAUCUGUUACACUGAAAUCCACUAUUCCAACAAAUUCAUCACACAAAGACUUGCUUAAUGUUCAUACACCUCAAGACUCCAACAGUGUUGAACAUAAUGGAGAUAAGCGGUGUGCAAAUUCUUCAGAACUGGAAAAAACUGCAGUCAAAGGAUCUAUAAAUGAGAUCCAGAGCAAAGAAAGGCAAGCCCUUGACAACAGUGAGGACACCUCACCCACUGCUGCAACUCAACAUGACUCAUUUGUCACUCGGGUCCUUGUUGAGAGCAAAGAUCUAAGUCUGCUCAAGGAUUGGAGUGAACAUGAGGGAAUUCUUCCAGUGUGUGUAAAUCAAGAGAAGUGUCCAUCUUAUGUGGCCGGUCAUGGUCAGGAACCCAGUAGUCCAGAGCUAAUGCAGUCGCAGCUUCAAGAGAUGAUUCAGGAGAUGUCUGCUGGCAAAGAACCAGAAAUGCUGAAAGAAAUUUUAGGUCUGCUGGGAACCACUGCUCAGGGAGUUGAAGGCUCAUGUAUGGAAGGGAUUGAAAGUCAGCCCAAUGCUUCUGCCAGCAAUGAUUGUGCUGAUGAUGUCUUUCACUCAGCUUUGUCCAAUCAGCAGUGUUCUAAGGCAAAUGUUUCAACCAUUGAGGAAGCAGAGGAGGUCAAAGUUAGACCCAGAAAAUGUCCCACCCAGCAUUACUUGGAAUGUGUCGGUAAACUCCAGGAUCACUAUGACACACUUGAAGACAUCAGGAAUGACUUUUUGUCCCAAGGUCCUUUAGCGACUCACAUUGAAGGUUUACAAGACCAACUAGAAGCAGCUCAGUCUUUGGAGGCACAGCUUGCAGCAUUUCCUGGCAUUUUAACCUCAGAUUUGGAGGUGGCUGAGCAGCUUUUAAAAUCUGCUGAUGAACUCAUCCCGACACAAAUCCAACACGACUUAGCUACAGUUUUUGUAGAUUCGCAAGCAGCUUUCACAGAUGUUUGCCAUUUAUCAUCUGAGAGACGUAACGCAGUUCUCCAGGCCAUCGAUGCAGCCAAGGCAAAAUUAGAAUGUACGUCUCAAGAUCUUCUCCACUCUCUUGAAAAGCUGUCGUGUUGUAUUCAAGAUAAUUGUGUGAUGGUAUGUAAACUUGACAUCACGAACACAGAUGACUUGGAGACGGUUAAAUAUAAGAUACAACAAAAUAAGGACCUGGAGAAGAACCUUUCUGGCGCUCGACAGAAUCUAGAAGAUACAGCUUUUGAUGUUCAGAACUUCAUAUCUGAACAUGCACAGUUCCUAAACCCAGCCCAGAGCAGACAGAUGCUGAAAUCACUCAGUGCCACACAGAGAGCUUUUAAGGAACUGAUGGAGCGAGCGUUUACUCAGAGGCACACACUGGACCGCCAUUUGGAGAUCUGUGUGGAUGAGAUUCAGCAGCAGAAUGCUGUCGAGAGGCAGAAGGAGUUUGUAACCAAGCUGCAGGAGCUGUGUGAUGACCUAACACAGACUGAGAACCGUCUCAUCGGCCACCAGCAGCAAUCCAACGCUGCAAAGAGUGUCGGCGACCUCCAGCAGUACCAGCAAGAGAACCAGGCUUUGCAGAAAGACAUCCAGGCUAAUGUAAGCGCCUUGAACGAAGUGAUCAGUAGCACAAAGAAGUUCCUGGAGGAGAACCGGAGCAAACUGACACCUGAGCAGGUGACUGCUCUUGAGCACAAGGUGGAAGAGGUAACAAGCAAAGCCAAUAUGCUUAACCAGAGGGCAGAGGAAACAAGGAAAGAACUGGAGAACGUUUUGACGACCGUUAUCAAGCAGGAGACAGAAAAGGUUGCAGCUGUGGAACAACUUGAAGAGACCAAAAAUAAAAUCGAGGUUCUCUUAGACUGGGUAUCCAACAUCGGGAAAGAAAAAGAGAUGGGAGGAAUGGCCAAAGAGAAUGGAAACAUGCCAGUAGAAGGAAAGAUAACAGGAAGGGAAGAUGACCCUAAUGGAAAUGCACUGGACACUACAGAUAACAUCCCAGAGUGGUCAGGUGAAGACACUGAAGAAUUGGAUAUAGAUGAGCAAUAUGAGAGGCUUAAGGCUCACCACCAAAAGAUCCUCUCCCAGCAGCAAGACCUAAUCAUUGCCACCCAGUCUGCCCAGGCUCUGCUGGAUAAGCAAGCAGACAUUCUCUCUCCAGCUGAAAAAGAGAAGCUCCAGAAGGAUAUGCAGGAGCUGAGGGGGCGCUAUGAGGCUUCGCUCACCCAGGCUGAGCAGCAGAUGAAGCAGAUGCAGAGUGUUCAGGAGGAGCUUCGCAAGUUCCAAGGUGACUACGAGGAGUUUGGAGUAUGGCUGCAGCAGGCACAGGAGCAGCUGGCAGACCUGGGAGCCCCCACUGGCCACUUGGAUGUUCUGCAGGAGAAGCUUCAGAAGCAGAAAAGCUUCUAUGAGGACGUGAUCUCCCACAAGGGAGACUUGCGUUUCAUCACCAUCUCGGGCCAGAAAGUGCUUGAUGUGGCCAAGGCCUGCAGCCGUAGCGAGUCUAAGGAGAAACAGGGAUCGCUCGAGGUGGACACUUCAGGAACGUGUGCUGCUGUGAAGGAGAGGCUGGAUUCCACCACUACUCAAUACAAAGUCACGCACACCCAAUGCAACCAGCUUGGAAACAAUCUCAAAGAUGUCGUUGACAAGUACAAGAAGUAUGAAGACGCUUCUAGUGGCCUGUUGACGUGGCUCGAUAGUUCUGAGGCAGAGGCGAGAAGGCAGCAGUCCGAACCUAUUGCAGCAGACCCCCAAACACUCCAGAGACAACUGGAAGAGACCAAGGCUCUUCAAGGGCAGACGGCUGGCCAUCAGGUGGCUCUGGAGACACUACGCAAAACAGCAGAUGCUCUCAUCACAGCAGAGGGAGACCUGCUAAACAACAAGGAUGAGAUUCGGGAAGCAGUUGACGACAUUGCGGAACGGUACGAUAACUUGUCCAAAUCAGUGAGCGACCGGAAUGAGAAGCUGCAGGUGACGUUAACACGCUCGCUCAGUGUGCAGGAUGGUCUGGAUGAGAUGAUGAACUGGAUGAAGAAGGUGGAGGAAAAUGUUGUGGAGGAAUCCCAAGUGCCCCUAGACUCAGUUGCUAUUGCAGAUGCACUGAGCAGGGAGGCGGCUCUGGAGCAAGACAUGUCUAGCAGACAGAGCAGUAUCUCCACUAUGAAGGCCAAAGUGAAGAAGUUUGUCGAGACUGCUGAGCCAGCAGCAGCAGCUGCUCUCCAGGCGAAGAUGGAAGGACUGACACAACGCUUUGACAGCGCCUGCGAGAAGCACAAGCUGAAGAUUUCACAGAUGGAGCGGCUGAAGGACAAGGUGGAACACUUUGAGAAGACAUCUGAGAAGGUCCAGGAGUUUGUGCGGAAACAUUUGCACGCUCUCUAUGAGGCCGACGGACCUGGGAAAAAUGUAAACGAGCUCUCCCAGCUGGUGCAGGAUAUAAAUGCAGAGCUGGCUGAACAUGCAAAGGACAUGGAAACACUGCACUCGUUGUCGAAGGAGAUUUCUAACUCUGGCCCAGAGGGAAGCGCAGCUCUAAUUCAGAGCAAGAUGGCAAACCUGUCGAACACAUUUAAUACCUUUAAGGACACUGUUAAAGAGAAAGAGGAGGAGGUGGUGUCUUGCCAGGACCAGCUGAGUGAGUUCAAAGCAGCCGCAGGGGUGCUGAUGAAGUGGCUGGAGGAGACAAAAGAGCAAGUGCCUGUGGUUCAGCCCAACUGCAGUGAACAGGGCCUGGGAAAUGACAUGAAGAAAGUCAACGGCUUACUAGAAGAAUGGACUGCUAAAGCUCCCACUAUCCAAGAUAUGAAUAGCAAAGGGUCUGCACUGUGUACCCUAAUCAGUGUUUUGACAUCACCAGCCAAAGCCAGAAUGCAUCAUAAAUCAGGUUCAGCAGUCAGUAAUGGCUCAGGUCCAGGAGGUCCAUAUCUGACGAACAAAGAGCUGAUGCUUGUGCAGCAAAACAUGUCCUGCAUCAAUGAGGAUUAUAGCAGUCUUGGGGAGUUGCUGAAGGCCAGGUCCACAGAGCUUAGUGCGCUGUUGCUGAAGGUUCAAGGGGUCCAGCAUGAGGCUCGGUCAACGCUCCAGUGGUUGGAGAACAUGAAGAAGACAGCAGUAUCUUGGAACUCUGAGCCAGCAGGCAAAGAUUCAAUGAAAAUGCAAAUGGAACGGCAGAAAGCUUAUGAGGAAAAUAUGCACCAAAAACAGCAGCAGUACCAAGAACUGAGGGAGAAGCUACUCCACCUGAUAAACGAAAGCCCUGAUUCACCUGAAGCAGAAAAAUGGAAGAACAUGCUGAAACAGAUGGAUGCAGGAUGGGAGGAGGUCAGGGGCUCUGUGGAGAACAGGAAGCAGCAUCUGGAGGAGUCAUCUCGCAUGCUGGAGCUCUUCCAGACAAACCAACCACAGCUCUCACAGUGGCUUCAAGAGAAAGAUCUGAUGCUGAGUGUUCUGGGCCCUCUAUCUGUGGAUCCCAAUAUGCUCAACACGCAAAAGCAGCAGGUCCAGAUUCUUCUGAAAGAGUUUGAAGGCCGCAAACCUCAGUAUGAGCAGCUGAAUGAAGCUGCCAUGGUUAUCAGUAAUGCAUCAGGAAAUCAGGACCCUACGGUGGAGAAGGUAAAGAAACAGUUGGAUGUUAUUACCCAGAAGUGGCAGGGUCUGACAAGCCAGCUGUCUGAGCGUGAUGCCCUCAUUGUGCAAGCUGUGGGUAAGACCACUGAGUUCCAGGAGCUUCUGCGGCACCUGGGUGAGAGUGUAGCAGCCAUGGAAUUACAGCUGAACGGCCAGCAGACCCUCAGCACACAACCUGACGCAGUCAAGAAGCAGCUAGAAGCCACUAAUGCUGUCCUGUCUAAGCUAUGUGAAGAGAAGAAGAGGCUAAAGGAGGCAGAAAGUCUCUGCUCCGAACUUUCAGCUCUAGUGACUGAGGAGUAUCUCAGAGCCAACCUCACAGCACAGCUGGAAAGCGUCUCCAAGCCCUUUAAGAUGCUUGAAGACAAAGCAGGAAAGCGGAUUCAACAGCUCACCUCCACCUUUGCCAGCUCCCAAGAAUUUCAUCGGACGUCUAAAGACUUCCAGAGCUGGCUAGAGCAAACGCUUAAGGAGCAGGCCAGGCCCCAGUCAAUCUCAACCAAGGAGGAGACUCUGUUACAAAGUCUGAGGGAGCACAGUGCUAUCCAGAGUGCACUGAGUCAACAAGAGGAACCAUACAAGAACAUUAUGCAGGAAGCAGAGGCUCUCCUACAGAACACGGAGGGAGAGGAAAAGUUGGCCCUCCAAGGACAGCUCUCAGCCCUCAGGUCCAACUGGGAGAAAGUAAAGCGGGGUGCCACGGAGAGAGCAGAAAAGCUUAAUAUAGCUGUGGAGAGGGCCAAAAAAUACAAAGAACAUGCAGAGAGCUUGGGCACUUGGCUGCAGGAGUGUGAAGACAGGAAAAACAGGGCAAAUUUCAGCGUGAAUCCUGUAGAAGUUGAGGACUCUCUCUCACAGGUAAAGGCCAUCCAGAGGGAUGUGGACAAACAUCGCGGUCAGAUGGAGCUGCUGAACGUAGCUGCUGAUAGCCUUUUAGAGGUGGCCACAGCAGAUGUAGCUGACGUGAAGGAAGAGAAGAGUGUUAUUGGGAAGAAUGUGGAUAAGUUGAUAGAAGGGUUGCAGCUCAAGAAAGAAACUCUUGAGAAGCUCUCACAGAAGUUGAAAGAGUUCAGUGACGAACACAAAGACAUCUCAGACCAAAUUGAGGGCGCCAGAAAGCAACUAGAAUACCAAUCGGGUCUUGGUGUCCAAGGUUUUAGUAACAAGAACCUAACUAACAUGAAGGAUCAGCAGAAAAAUUUAGAGGGUGUGCAGAACCAGAUCGAGAACCUCAAAAGCCUAGCACAAAGUUUGGUCGUGGAUGUACCAGAAGUUGAAGGCGUGAUAGAGCUCCUCCUUCAGACAGACACUUUGGAGAAAGAGCACAGCUCCGUCAGUAAAGCAAUUGAAGACAAGUGCUUCACACUGGAGAACAAACUGCAGGGCAUCGGACAGUUCCAGGACAGCAUUCGGGACAUGUUCACCACCUUUGCAGACCUGGACGACGAAUUGGAUAGUAUGGGCCCAGUAGCCAGAGACCUGAAAACUCUACAAGAUCAACAAAGAACCUUCCAAAACUUUGUGACAAAACUCCAGGAUCUGAUGACCAGCACAGCCAGUGCCAGAGAUAACUGCAAGAAGAUGCUUGAAUCAGAGGCCUCACCAGAUCUACUGGGCCUGAAGAGAGACUUGGAGGCCCUGAGCAAGCAGAGUGGCAAACUGAUGGAUCGGGCCACUGGGAGUAAAGAGCAGGUUGAGGAUACAAUGAAGCAUCUAGAGGAGUUUUACCACAAGCUGGACACUUUCACAAAGAAAAUGGCUGGUGCAGAAGAGCAGGAGGAAUCCCAAGGACCAGUUGGCAUGGAAACUGAGGUCAUUAACCAACAGCUGGAGGGUUUCAAGGUUUUCCAGAAAGAGACGAUUGAGUCACUGCAAACACAGUUGCAAGAGGUAAAUUGGUUAGGCCAGGGGCUUAUUCAGAAUGCUUCCAAAGGGACCAGCACCAAAGCCCUUGAACAUGACCUGGAGGACGCCAAUACGAGAUGGAACACCCUGAACAAAAAGGUAGCAGAACGUUCAGUGCAGCUUCAUGAAGCUUUGCUGCACUGUGGAAGGUUUCAGGAUGCUCUCGAAUCCCUGUUCAGCUGGCUGAAAGACACAGAAGAGCUGGUGGCCAGUCAAAAGCCUCCAUCAGCAGAAUUUAAAGUUGUCAAAGCACAAAUACAAGAACAGAGGCUCUUACAGAAGCUGCUAGAUGACCGCAGACCCACAGUGGAGCUUAUUAAGAAGGAAGGGGGGAAAGUUUUGGAGAUGGCUGACUCUGUGGAUAAAGAGAAGAUUGGAAAGGAGAUUGAUAGCCUCGGGAAUAGAUGGGAUGCUCUGCUCAAGAAAGCCGAGAGCAGACGCAAGCAGUUGGAGAGCAUUUUGGGGGUGGCCCAACAGUUCCAUGAGACCCUUGAGCCGCUAACAGAGUGGCUCACUGUUACAGAGAAAUGCCUGGCCGGUUCCGAGCCCAUUGGUACUCAGACCUCUAAACUUGAAGAGCAGAUCUCCCAACAUAAGGCUUUAGAGGAGGAGAUUAUAGGGCGCAGUAAGAGCUUGUGCCAGGCAGUGAGUCUUGGCCAGGCUCUGCGGUCACUCAUCUGCGUGGAUGAUAAAGAACUCGUCCAGGCUAAACUGGACAGCAUUCAGGGCGGCUACAUCGAGUUGCAGGAACGCUGCCGAACAAAGGCCGAGCUGCUGCAGCGGGCCCUGGCUAAUGCGCGGCUGUUUGGAGAGGACGAAGUGGCACUCAUGAACUGGCUGGACGAAAUACACGGCAGACUGAGCCACAUCUCUGUCCAGGACUAUACACCAGCCGUACUGGCUAAACAGCAUGCGGACCAGCUGGCACUUCAUGAGGAUAUUGAAUUAAGGAGACAGCAUGUUGAACAGGCCCUUCAGAAUGGACUUGAGCUGCUCAAACAGACCACAGGCGAUGAAGUUGUCAUCAUUCAGGGCAAACUGGACGGAAUAAAGACAAGAUACGCUGACAUUAGCACAAUGAGCAAUGAUGUAAUGAAGACCCUGGACAAGGCCCUGUCGCUGGCUAACAAGGUACAACACACGCAUGAGGAGCUGUGCUUCUGGUUGGAGAAGGUGGAGUCUGAAUUGGCCACGUUUGGAGCACAGGAACCAGUGGGAGAGCAACUCACUCAGGUGCAAGAGAGGCAGAAAGCAUUAAUGAAGGAGGUUCAAGAGCACAAGUCAGUAGUAGAUAAGCUGAAUGAAGUCAGCAACGCUCUGCUAGAGCUGGUGCCCUGGCGUGCCCGAGAGGGGCUUGAUAAACUGAUCACAGAGGACAACGAGCGCUAUAGGUCAGCAAGUGAUGCCAUCUCUCAGCAUGUGGACCAGACAGGAGCCGCCAUCUUAAAAUCGCAGCAGUUUGAGCAGGCUGCAGACACUGAAUUAGCCUGGCUGACUGAAGCAGAGAAGAAGUUGUCAUCUCUAGGGGACAUCAAGCUGGAGGCAGAACACACCACUGCUCAGCUGCAGGCUCAAAAGGGCUUCUCCAUGGACAUUAUGAGGCAUAAAGAUGCCGUGGAUGAUAUCACUAAGACAGGCGAGGCGAUAAUGGAAAGCAAAGACGAGACUGAGAAACAAGCUCUAAAGUGUGACUGUGUUGUUCAGGCUAAGAUCCAGGCUCUCAUGGAGAAGUACAACAUGGUGAGUCAGUUGAACUCGGAGCGCUGUCUGCAGCUGGAGAGAGCGCACUCCCUGGCCUGCCAGUUCUGGGAGACUUAUGAGGAGUUGUGGCCAUGGCUGCAGGAGACCCAGGCCAACUUCACCCACCUCCCGUCACCUGCCAUCGAAUAUGACACACUCAGACAGCAACAAGAGGAACUGCGGCAACUGAGGGAGUUGAUUGCAGAGCAUAAGCCGCACAUAGACAAGAUGAACAAAACGGGCCCUCAGCUGGUGGAGAUCAGUCCACUGGAGGGCGAGUCCAUCAGGGAGAAAUUCCAGGCCACAGACAAGUUGUAUGCACAGCUUAAAGCAGAUGUUAAGCAGAGAGCUGCAGCCCUGGAUGAGGCCAUCUCUCAGUCUACUCAGUUCCAUGAUAAGAUCGACCCAAUGCUGGAGUCUCUGAAUCGUAUAGCGGAGCGUUUGCGCCAGCCGCCCUCCAUCUCCGUGGAAGUGGAGAAGAUUCGUGAGCAGAUUUCUGAGAACAAAGCUGUGAACGUGGACUUGGAGAAACUGCAACCAUCUUAUGAAACGCUGAAGCAGCGAGGAGAGGACAUGAUCACUCGCUCAGAGGGCGCAGACAAAGACCUGUCAGCCAAAGCUGUACAAGACAAACUGGAUCAGAUGGUAUUUGUGUGGCAUGAUAUCCAUGCUCUGCUGGAUGAGAGGGAGGCUAAACUUCUGGAUGUGAUGGACCUGGCUGAGAAGUUCUGGUGUGAGCACUGUGCUCUCAUCAUCACCAUCAAAGACACACAGGACUUGAUGAAAGACCUGGAGGAACCUGGAGUCGACCCCUCCGUUGUUAAACAGCAACAGGAGUCUGUGGAGGGGUACCGAGAGGAGAUUGACGGUCUUCAGGAGGAACUGAACGUGGUCCAGAAUCUAGGAGCAGAGCUGAUGACAGCCUGUGGAGAACCAGACAAGCCUGUUAUCAAAAAGAGCAUCGAUGAGGUGAACGUGGCAUGGGAGACUCUGAAUAAGACCUGGAAGGAGCGAGUGGACCGACUGGAGGAGGCCAUGCAGUCUGCUGUACAGUUCCAGGAUGGUCUUCAGGGCAUGUUUGACUGGGUGGAUAUUUUGGAGAGUAAACUGGAUUCCAUGUCACCUGUGGGCACAGACCUGGAAACAGUGAAACAGCAGAUUGAGGAGCUCAAGGAGUUCAAAGGUGAGGGAUACCAGCUUCAGAUUGAGAUGGAGAGGCUGAAUCACCAGGCAGGACUGCUACUGAAAAAAGUUCUGGAGGAAGCAGACCGCGUUGCCAUUCAGGAGCCGAUGAGCGAACUAAAAAUGCUUUGGGACAACCUGGACGAGAAGGCCAUCAAUAGACAGCACAAGCUGGAGGGAGCCUUGUUGGCAUUAGGGCAGUUCCAGCAUGCUCUGGAUGAGCUUUUGGCCUGGCUGACUCAUACUGAAGAGCUGCUUAGUGGACAGAAGAAAACCAGUGGCGAUCCCAAAGCUAUAGAGAUAGAACUUGCCAAACACCAUGUGCUGCAUAAUGAUGUACUGGCCCAUAAGACCACAGUGGAAGCAGUGAACAAAGCUGGCAGAGAUUUGAUGGAGUCCAGUGCAGGAGAGGAGGCGUGUGGCCUGCAGAGCAAGCUGGAAAACCUUAACCAACGUUGGACAAGCAUCCUGGAGAAGACUGAGCAGAGGAGGCAGCUUCUGGACAUUGCCUUACUCCAGGCCCAAGGUUUCCAUGGGGAGAUUGAAGAUAUGCAACAAUGGCUGAAAGACACAGAAUGUCAGCUGUUAACAUCAAAAGCAGUUGGAGGCCUACCAGACACGGCCCGCGAGCAGCUUAAAACCCAUCUGGAGUUAUGUAGUGCAAUAGAGGUGAAGGAAGACCUCUACCAGAAGCUUCUUCACAGAGGUCAGCAGCUGAUAGCCAUGACCCAGGAGAACCAGGACAGCAGUACUGAGCAGGACCUCCACAACCUUCAAGAAAAGUGGGAAUGUGUGCAGGCCAAAGUGGCUGAGAAGAAGGUGAAACUGGAAGAGGCAUUAGCGAUGGCCACAGAUUUUCAUAAUUCUCUGCAGGACUUCAUUAAUUGGCUGACUCAAGCAGAGCAGACCCUCAACAUGGUCUCUCCAGCCUCCCUCAUCCUGGAAACUAUCUUGUUCCAGAUUGAUGAACAUAAGAUCUUUGCAACUGAGGUCAACUCACACCGAGAUCAAAUCAUUGAGCUGGAUAAGACAGGCACCCAUCUGAAAUACUUCAGCCAGAAGCAGGAUGUGGUCCUGAUUAAAAACCUGCUCCUAAGUGUACAAAGCCGCUGGGACAAAGUAGUGCAGCGUUUGGUGGAGCGAGGACGCCUGCUGGACGAUGCGAGGAAACGUGCAAAGCAGUUCCAUGAGAGCUGGACGAAGCUGAUGGAGUGGCUGGAGGAGUCAGAGAGAGCUCUGGACUCUGAGCUGGAGAUCGCUAAUGACCCUGACAAGAUCAAAAUGCAGCUGGCUCAGCACAAGGAGUUCCAGAAGGCCCUGGGUGCCAAGCAUUCCGUGUACGACACCACCAGCCGCACAGGCCGAGCCUUGAAGGAUAAGACCUCACUCCAGGAUGACAAGCAGAAACUGGACGACAUGCUCUGUGAGCUUAGAGACAAAUGGGACACGAUUUGUGGCAAGUCUGUAGAAAGGCAGAACAAGUUGGAGGAGGCUCUGCUGUUUUCAGGCCAGUUCACUGAUGCUCUGCAGGCUCUGAUUGACUGGCUUUAUAAAAUAGAGCCGCAGCUGGCAGAGGACCAGCCUGUGCAUGGAGACAUCGAUUUGGUGCUGAACCUCAUCGAUAGCCACAAGGUGUUUCAAAAGGAGCUUGGAAAGAAGACAGGCUCUGUACAGGCUCUGAAACGUUCGGCCCGUGAGCUGAUUGAGAACAGCCAUGACGACUCUUCCUGGGUCAAAGUUCAGAUGCAGGAGCUGAGCUUGCGCUGGGACACGGUGUGCACCCUGUCUGUUUUAAAACAGACACGGCUUGAACAAGCUCUGUGUCAGGCAGAAGAGUUUCACUCGACUGUUCAUAUCCUGCUAGAGUGGUUAGCUGAAGCAGAACAGAGCCUCCGUUUCCAUGGGUCUCUGCCUGAAGAUGAGGAAGCCCUGCGUGGCCUGAUCGAACAGCACAAAGAAUUCAUGAAGAAGCUGGAAGAAAAGAGUGUGGCUCUGGGCAAAGCCACCAGCAUGGGCGAAGCGAUCUUAGUUAUCUGCCAUCCAGACUCCAUCACCACUGUGAAACACUGGAACACCAUAAUUAAAACCCGCUUCGAGGAGGUCACAGCGUGGGCACGGCAGCAUCAGCAGAGGUUAUCUAGUGCUCUGAGUGAGCUUAUGGCGACUGAAGAGCUCCUGGAGAAUCUGCUGAGCUGGUUACAAUGGGCAGAGACCACACUUACUGAGAAAGACAAAGAUGCCCUGCCUCAGGAGAUUGAGGAGAUCAAAGCACUCAUCACUGAGCAUCAGACCUUCAUGGAGGAGAUGACCAGAAAACAGCCAGAUGUGGACAAAGUCACUAAAACUCAUAAAAGAAAAGCCACAGCUGAUCCACCAGUUCAGUCUCAGAUUCCAGUACUGGAAAAAGGAAGAACAGGCCGAAAGAGAUCCCAGGCCCAGUCCAUGUAUCCAGCGACUGUCCAGGCUCCGAUAGAGACUAAGAACCCCAGAGUGAACCUGUUGGUCAGUAAAUGGCAGCAGGUCUGGCUUUUGGCCCUGGACAGGAGAAGAAAACUGAACGACGCACUGGACCGACUAGAGGAGCUGAAAGAGUUUGCCAACUUUGACUUUGAUGUCUGGAGGAAGCGCUAUAUGCGAUGGAUGAACCACAAGAAAUCCCGUGUCAUGGACUUCUUUCGUCGCAUGGAUAAGGAUCAGGAUGGCAAAGUCACCAGGCAGGAGUUUAUUGACGGGAUUCUUUCUUCAAAGUUUCCCACCAGUCGACUGGAGAUGAGUGCUGUAGCAGACAUUUUUGAUCGUGAUUGUGAUGGCUACAUUGACUACUAUGAGUUCGUUGCUGCUCUGCACCCUAACAAAGAUGCCUACAAACCACUUACUGAUGCUGAUAAGAUAGAAGACGAGGUAACGCGCCAAGUGGCAAAGUGCAAGUGUCCAAAACGGUUCCAAGUGGAGCAAAUUGGUGCGAACAAAUACCGGUUCUACCUCGGAAACCAGUUUGGUCUGGUUCACUGCUUACAUGAUCCGUUAAUCGCCGAUGAGAGUAUAACAAACAGGGACAAUCAAAAUCUAAACUCCCAACUGCACGUUGCUGUUUUGGAAAGCUGUAUCCUGUUUGGAGACUCGCAGCAGCUCAGGCUGGUGCGGAUCCUGCGCAGCACUGUUAUGGUGCGAGUGGGAGGAGGCUGGAUGGCCCUUGAUGAGUUCCUAGUCAAGAACGACCCGUGUAGAGUUCAUCACUACGGGAGUAAAAUGUUACGCUCGGAAUCAAACUCGUCCAUUACUCAGUCUCCUAUAGGUUGGCAACUCUCACACUUUCUCUCCUUGCUCCAUCCCAGUGCUAAAGGUAGGACCAACGUGGAGUUGCGAGAGAAGUUCAUUCUUCCGGAAGGGACCACUCAAGUGAUGGCCAGCUUUCGCUACAGAGGUCGAAGGUCACGGCCAUCCUCAAGAGGUGCCUCCCCGAACAGGUCGAACUCCAGCCACAGUUGUGCUGCACAGCCCAACCCUGCUGCGACUGGUACACCGAAGACUCUCCAACAUUUAACCCGCAAUUAUGAUAAACCCUGGCUGACAAACAGCAAAUCAGCUACUCCCUUAAAGUCGUCCGACUCUUUUGAGAGCCAGGGGUCAUCCAAUGAGAGUACACCCAUCCAAGGUAGCAAGCUCCGUUUGCCUGGUUAUUUAUCAGGAAAAGGUUUCCAAUCAGGAGAGGAGGGAAGCCUGAUAAACACUGCUAUUCUAAAAGCUAGAAGUCAGACUGCUGGUUACAGUAAGAUUCCCAGCAGGCCCGGAAGUAAGGCAGGGAGCCGUGGAAGCAGCCGGCGUGGGAGUGAUGCCUCUGACUUUGACAUCUCUGAUAUCCAGUCUGUCUGUUCUGACGUGUCGGAGACGGUGAUGGACUCUGCAAGGCCACGCUCGUCUCCACGGCAGCCUGGAGUUAAACCCUCCAAAAUCCCUACACCACAGAGGAGGAGCACAGCCAGCAGCAAACUGGCCAAAACCACGACCAAGAGAUAGUCAGCAGCUGGCUUCUAUCUUUACAGCACUGUGCUGGAACACACUGGACAAAAACUGGACUCCUGAAGACACUAAAAACUGCAAAAUGUCCUUAUUUAAAAUGAACAAGUAGCAAGUUGUAAAUUAUAAAAGGAAAAAAAAAAAGUGUAGCAAGUUGUAAAUUAUUCCAAGGAGAAACGAGGUGAAGUAAGUGGGAUUGAUGCUGUGUGAGUGGAACAUGACAGUUUUGUGUAUUUGUUGUGUAUUUUUAAUUUCUGUGAAUAAUGUCGCAUCAGAUUUUAUUUUAUUUUAUUGUAUCGCUGCUACAACCUGAGAGGUUAGCAAGCACUGGCAGGAGAAAAGGACUGUACAUGGUGAAGCUAAAUAACAAUUUUCCAUAUUCUUGGAUUGAGCUCACUUUGAAAGCGGAUCGUACUGUAAAUCUCCACAAGCUUGCGAAUAAUAUUAUGCCGCUGCGAUUCACCAGGGCACCCUGACUAUUUAUUCAUCUAUUUAAAGUGCAAUGAUGUGUUGCUGAGAAUGCAUUUUAAAGGGCAAUACAAUACUAACUAACUGUAAUCACUGCAAGUGCUCCUCCUAAAACACUACAUGGCCUUCAGUACAAAACAACAAAAAACAGUCCAUCAUAUCCACCUGCUAAAUAAUGUUUUAAGUUCCUAAUCGUAUCAUUGUGUGCCAUUUAACUUUGACAAGAACCUUCCACGGUUCUAACUAGCAGAUAUUCAUAAGUGCAUUCAUGUCUGUGUACUGUAUGAGUCGGUGUCAGUGAAUUACUCAACAUUUUUGUAAUAAACCUGCUUGCAGAAAGCUUUGGCAGUAUCGAAAAAGCAAAGCCUGCUCCUGUUUACAUUCA